UGCAUUAUAGCUACAGACUCCUAGUUAGACGAAAACGUAAACAUGCUGCUGAAUCGUUGACUACGAAGGCAUGUGACCGGGCUUUCGAUCACUUUAACACGAAAUAGGCUAUUCUUACUGUAUUUAGCAGUUCAAAAGGGCAGACGCGCAAAAGCAGCCGAACUGCACCAUCGGCAAUACGAUUUGUGUUUAUGAAUAUCUUGACAGUUUGCCGAUACUUAAGACCCGAGGUCUCUUUAUAUCUUAGCUGCAAUAACUAUUGCAAAUAAAUCAGAUAUUUUAACGUUUUAAUCUGUCGUUGGCAGAGGGUCGAGUCAUAUAAAAGUUAUCUUUCCAAAACCCGACUAAAAUCGCCGAUUUGCUAGAUCUCUGCGGUGGAUCGCCACAACUACUCGCUGGGGUUUGGUGCAUUUUAUAGGCUACAUUUUUAACUGUUUACCUAUUGCAGCGUGUGCCACAUAAGCAAAAACAGGCUAUGUCGGUAUCCACACGCCUGAUGUGUCUGCACCUCUCUUACCAACGUGCUGAUAUUUGAGGCUUUCAUGAAGGGACUUUACAUGAAAAGUGGGCUACGUAAAUUCUUCCUAACACUGUAAAAGGGAAUUUUUUUAGAAAGUUGAGUUUGAUAGAAACACUGUCCCGGAUAUCCUGACUAGCUUCAAGUGGUGGGUGGAGGAAACAAGAAGGUGGCGUUGAUGUGUGAGAAUCCGGCAGUUAGUACUAGAGGGACCAGGCAGAAAUCAGUUGUCUCAGAAGUAAAGGCUAGGGUGAGAAGUGGACAUGUCGUCGUCUUUAAAGUCGUGGGCUCUGCUUGCGUGUUUCGUCCUGUUGUACAUAACUUACCUCUUGCUUGGAGCUCUCGUUUUCUCCAGCGUAGAGAAACCCGAAGAGGAGAGACUGAGGAGGGAACUCGGUUUUCUAAAAGCAGAGUUUCUCAACCACAGUUGCGUGAAUAUAACAUCCCUCGAAAACUUUAUGGAAAAGAUUUUGAAUGCGAAUAAGUAUGGGGUGUCAAUACUUUAUAAUUAUUCCGAGAGCUCAAAUUGGGAUUUAGCUUCAUCAUUGUUCUUCGCCAGUACGUUGGUAACGACAGUAGGAUACGGUCACACCACGCCCCUGUCGGACGCUGGCAAGGCCAUGUCCAUCCUCUACGCCUUUGUGGGGGUCCCCUUCACCAUGCUGGUGCUGACCGCCUGCGUGCACCGGCUCAUGCACCUGUUCACCUACUGGCCCAUCGCCCUGUGCCAGCGCCGGGCCGGCUGCCUGCCCAGGACGGCCGCCUCCGUCCACUUCCUGGUCCUGCUGGUGGUGGUGGUGCUCUGCUUCCUGGUGGUGCCGGCCAUCCUCUUCUCCGCCAUCGAGGAGAGCUGGUCCUUCCUGGACGCCUUCUACUUCUGCUUCAUCUCCCUGUGCACCAUCGGCCUGGGCGACUACGUCCCCGGGGAGCAGCCCGGCCAGAAGCUGCGGCCGCUCUACAAGAUCUCUGUCAUGGUCUACCUGUUCGUGGGACUGAUGGCAAUGUUCCUGGUGUUACGCGCCUUCCACAAGCUGGCGGACCUGCAGGGACUGACGGCCUUCUUCCAGCUCUCUCACUGCGAUGAAGAGGAGGAAGACGAAGAGCCCAUCGUGGAGACGGGCCCCAACGACCAGCCUGAUGCUGACCGGGCGUCCAGCAAGCCCCUAGACCCCAGCUCGCGGGUGUCCUACAACUCAAUCAACAGAUAGGGACUGCCCCCCCAAAGGUAGCGCCCCCCCCCCCCCGAAGGUUUCUGAAUCAGCCUGCUCAGCCCACGGCACCGUGAUUCAUGAACACUCACUACUGUGCUAGUUUCACUAGUGCAGGGCGAAGUGAUCAUGGACCUUUAUGGCCAGAACCAAUUCUGUGAUGACAAGACAAUUCUGUGUAGCUAGGAAAUGUAGCCCCACAAUUUCCCGAUAGGAAAUGCUGCACAGCCAGGACUGACGGACACAGUAGCGUAUCAAACCUGGACAGUCAGGACAGACGGACAGACACAGCAGUGUAUCAAACCUGCACAGUCAGGACAGAAAGCCGGACACAACAGUGUAUCAAACCUGCACAGUCAGAACAGACAGACGGACACAGCAGCGUAUCAAACCUGCACAGUCAGGACAGACAGACGGACACGACAGUGUAUCAGACCUGCACAUUCAGGACAGACGGACGGACACAGCAGCGUAUAAAACCUGCACAGUCAGGACAGACAGACAGACACAACAGUGUAUCCGACCUGCAGAGCCAGAACAGACAGACGGACACAGCAGCGUAUCAAACCUGCACAGUCAGGACAGACGGACAGACACAACAGCGUAUCAAACCUGCACAGUCAGGACAGACGAACAGACACAGCAGCGUAUCAAACCUGCACAGUCAGAACAGACAGACGGACACAGCAGCGUAUCAAACCUGCACAGUCAGGACUGAAAGACACACAGCCUCAGUAAUAUUCCUGUGCAUUUCAGAACAAAUGACUGCAAUGCAGUGGGACUGCUGUAUGCAGAGCUAAUGAACCGUCCCCACCACUCUGCAACCAGCUUGUGCAGGUAGAGCAGACAGACCCCACAAUAACAAGGCAGGCCCAGGGUGCACAGUCACCCUGGACACCAUUAACCCUGCGCAGCCCAGGGUACACGUCACCCUGGACACCAUUAACCCUGCGCAGCCCAGGGUACACAGUCACCCUGGACAACAUUAACCCUGUGCAGCCCAGGGUACACGUCACCUUGGACAACAUUAACCCUGCGCAGCCCAGGGUGCACAGUCACCCUGGACAAUAUUAACCCUGCGCAGCCCAGGGUACACAGUCACCCUGGACAAUAUUAACCCUGCGCAGCCCAGGGUACAUGUCACCCUGGACAACAUUAACCCUGCGCAGCCCAGGGUACACAGUCACCCUGGACGUCAUUAACCCUGCGCAGCCCAGGGUACACAGUCACCCUGGACGUCAUUAACCCUGCGCAGCCCAGGGUACACAGUCACCCUGGACACCAUUAACCCUGCGCAGAUGGAAAAAGCAGUUCAUAUGGGACCUCUGCGUGAAGCUCAUGGACUUUUCUGUCAGGUACAACUUCUUUGGGUUUUUAUUCGACCAGGGAAGGCAUUCCAUGAAUCCCGGGGAUCUCAAUAUCAAAUCCUGUAGGGCUGUCGUGUAGGAUGGUUUUUGAUGUGCUUCUGUGCUUCAGUGCUUAAUUUAAGUCACUGAUUGGCUAAAGUCUGCACACCUUGUUUCCAAGGCUGCUGGUGGAAAAGAUAAUCACAAAACCAGCGGAAACCGUAGCCCUUCAGGCCUGGAGUUUGAAACACCUGAUGUUUACCAAACAAUCUUACUGUAAUAUUUAGAGGUUACAUUUCACUUUUUUGCCUGUAGUGGAAUGUGUUUUUAUACAUGGCAGAAAUGUUUGAGUGUAAAGCUUAUCCAUUUGAGGCCAGCUGUAUGCCUUUAAUGUUCCAAAGUAACGACUGUAAAUGUGGACUGGAGGACAGGGGCAGUGUGGCUGGUAACGACUGUAAAUGUGGACUGGAGGACAGGAGCAGUGUGGCUGGUAACGACUAUAAAUGUGGACUGGAGGACAGGGGCAGUGUGGCUGGUAAUGACUGUAAAUGUGGACUGGAGGACAGGGGCAGUGUGGCUGGUAACGACUGUAAAUGUGGACUGGAGGACAGGAGCAGUGUGGCUGGUAACGACUGUAAAUGUGGACUGGAGGACAGGGGCAGUGUGGCUGGUAAUGACUGUAAAUGUGGACUGGAGGACAGGGGCAGUGUGGCUGGUAACGACUGUAAAUGUGGACUGGAGGACAGGAGCAGUGUGGCUGGUAACAACUGUAAAAGUGGACUGGAGGACAGGAGCAGUGUGGCUGGUAACGACUGUAAAUGUGGACUGGAGGACAGGAGCAGUGUGGCUGGUAACAACUGUAAAAGUGGACUGGAGGACAGGAGCAGUGUGGCUGGUAACGACUAAAUGUGGACUGGAGGACAGGAGCAGUGUGGCUGGUAACGACUGUAAAUGUGGACUGGAGGACAGGAGCAGUGUGGCUGGUAACGACUGUAAAUGUGGACUGGAGGACAGGAGCAGUGUGGCUGGUAACGACUGUAAAUGUGGACUGGAGGACAGGAGCAGUGUGGCUGGUAACGACUGUAAAUGUGGACUGGAGGACAGGGGCAGUGUGGCUGGUAACGACUGUAAAUGUGGACUGGAGGACAGGCGCAGUGUGGCUGGUAACGACUGUAAAUGUGGACUGGAGGACAGGAGCAGUGUGGCUGGUAACGACUGUAAAUGUGGACUGGAGGACAGGAGCAGUGUGGCUGGUAACGACUGUAAAGGCCGUGUUCUACGGACUAAAGAAGGUCUACGGGGAGGGGGUUCGUUUGACGCUUGUUCAUGUUACAAAUGAUAACAUUAAGCGUAGCCAAAACAUAAUGCUUCUUUCUUUAUAGCCUAUACUUUGAGUUUCAGUAGAUUAGUGUAAGAAUAAGUCAUUGUUUUUUGUCUGAGUAUUUGUGCGGCAUCUCAUUGGUGGUCUAAGGCGGGUCGUAAUGUUACAUUGACAUUAUGGAAUUUAAUUGAAGUGCAUGCAUGUGUAAAAGAAGCACUUUAAAAUGUAUUACCCUUUUUUGUUUUUGCAUUUGGAAGUCCUAAUGAGUAUUUGUUCCUGUCAGACCAUUUGCAUCACAAAGCACAUGUAUAGUUUUUAUGACCAUGUAUUAUUAUUGCUGAAUUAAUUGCAACAUAGCAUUUUAUAAAGUUGAAGGUUUGUGUUUUCUAGGGCUCUAGUUUUUUUUUUUUUUCUUUGUAUUUCUGUGGAAGUGCAUCCUUAUACUGAAUUCAACCAAUAGCUUGUUAAAAAAAGAAGGGUGUAGUAAUUUAUGUUAGGAACAAGUUAGGUCAUUAGUUAAUUUGGAAAUGUAAGUGAUGUACUGUAUGUCCUAUGCAAAUAAAAUGUUUUCGUGGUUCA